GGAUCAAGACGCAUGCCACAUUGCCUCUAUGUGGGCACUUUAACAGAUCUUUCGGGGGGUUUUUUUCCCAGUAAGGGGGCUGUGGAGGGAGGACUUUUUAUUUUCAUUGUCUGAUGACUGUUUGCACGGCUGGUUAUUGAGUUGAUUGUUUAUUAUUUUGGCUGUUGUUGCCCACCGCCCUGCGCGUUUUUUUUUCCUCCCUUUUUGGAAUCGGCGACCUAAAGCCGCGCUCACCAAUGUCCUAUCCUCAGGGUUACCUCUACCAGCCCCCGGGCUCUCUGGCUCUUUAUUCGUGUCCGGCUUACGGGGCCUCGGCUCUGGCUGCCCCGCGGAAUGAAGACUUGGCGAGGUCGUCCUCUGGCUCAGCCUUCAGCCCUUACCCUGGAUCGGCUGCUUUCUCCGCCUCGGCCGGCGCAGGCUUCUCCAGUCCACUGUCAUACUCCACGGAUCCAACCACGGGAUUCCCAUCCUACAUGAGCUCUCCAUAUGACGCACACACGACGGGCAUGGCGGGGGCAUUAAGUUACCACCCAUACGGGAGUCCUGGGUACCCCUACCAACUCAACGACCCGGCUUACCGCAAAAACGCCACAAGGGACGCCACGGCCACCCUGAAGGCCUGGCUGCAGGAGCACAGGAAGAACCCGUACCCGACGAAAGGGGAAAAGAUCAUGCUGGCUAUUAUCACCAAGAUGACCCUGACGCAGGUCUCUACGUGGUUCGCCAACGCCAGGAGGAGGCUCAAGAAGGAGAACAAGAUGACCUGGGCGCCCAGGAAUAAGAGCGAGGACGAGGACGAGGAGGACGGGGACGGAGAGAGGAAAGAGGUGGAGCGCUCUGAGAAGACCCUGGAUAACAGCGAGGCUUCAGCGGAGGAUGAAGGUAUCAGCCUCCACGUCGACACUCUGACGGACCACUCCUGCUCCGCAGAGUCUGACGGGGAGAAGGUCUGCUGUCGUGUGGGCGAGCUGGGCUCCGACCGAGCCGGCGACAAAUGCGACGAGGACGGCGACGACGACGACCAGAACCACGACCCGCGGGUUCAGCUCUCGCCCAAACCCGUCACAUCGUCGCCUCUAACGGGAGUAGAAGCGCCAGUCCUCAGUCCACCACCUCCAUCAUCUCCACCAUCUCCACAGCCAACCAGGCCCUCGUCGGGGGCGCCUCAGACCCCGACAGCUAAGCCCAAAUUGUGGUCGCUGGCGGAGAUUGCUACCUCGGACCAAAAGCAGCAACAUCAGCAACAGCAACUGGGGCAGCCCGGGCAACCAAAUUGCCCCUCCUCCAGCGGUGGCCUCCUCACUCCCCCCACCACCUCCCCGGCUGCCAGUUCCCCCUCCCUCUACCCGGCCCCCUCCAUCCUUGGAAGACCUAUUUAUUACACUUCUCCCUUUUAUAGCAAUUACACAAACUAUGGCAACUUCAGCCCCCUGCAGGGCCAAGGGAUCCUGCGCUAUACUAAUUCAUCCGGAGUGAGUCUGGCUGCUGCCGCCGCCGCCGCCGCCGCCGCUGCUGCAGCAAGCGAGGGUCUGAGCUCCUCUCACCAGGCUCUGGAGGCGAGCACAAACCCCAAACACAGGCCAGACUCUCCCCUCGUUAAAAAUAACCCAAACCAGAUUGUUGUUGUCGAGCAGCAGCAGCAACAACAGCAUUUCAGACCCGCAAAUUUAGAAGCAAAGAAAGGUACGUAA